CCUUCCCAUCCCCAUCCCAUUUCUGCCCCUCUCCCAAUCCCUCUCCAUCCAUCCUCAUCCCCUGGGACACUCACGAGGCAGCACAGAGGGGUCACAGCCGCCUCUCGGGGUGGGGGGACAUUUCCCCCGGGCUCAGGGACAGGAUUCCUGGAUGCCCGCAGCCCGGGAAGGGCGGGGAGCCGUUAUCAGCUCCGGGAUGGAUCCGGCCGCGGCCCCGGGGCGCUGGCGCUAACCGGGUUAGGCGGGCUGGAUGAUGGAUGGAGGGAUGCGGGGUGGAUGGAUGGAGCCGUCGCGGCUCCCCGCGGCCCCCCCGGGCCGGGCAGGGAUAAAAGGCGGCGGCGGCGGGGCCGGAGCCGCAGCCCCUCGCCAUGAACAGCCCGGCCGCGCUCCGCGAGGGCUACGAGCACUUCGACCCCCGCGCGUACCUGCGCAACAAUUACCUCCCGCCCCGCGCCGACUUCUCCUCCGAGGAGUUCGUGGUGCCCUGGAAGCUGCGAUGCCUGGCCGAGACCUUCGCCAGCGGUGAGAUCCGGGGGAGGACGUUGAUCGAUGUGGGCUCGGGCCCCACCAUCUACCAACUGCUGAGCGCCUGCGACCACUUCGAGGAGAUCGUGGCCACCGAUUACCUGGCGGUGAACCGGGAGGAGCUGGGCCGGUGGGCGCGGGGCGAGCCCGGAGCCUUCGACUGGAGCCCCUUCAUCCAACACGUCUGCAAGAUCGAGGGGCGCGGGUAG